AUGUCUGGCCAGAAGGCUGUGGCCGCAGCGGCCCUCGCCACCGCUGCCUUCACUGCCAAGGAGGCUUUUGUCGCCGCCCGGGGACCUGCCACAGCAGCGCAGGCUCCCGCGAGCACCAGGCUGCGUGGCAGCACAUCCGCAGGCUCCUCGCCUUCGUCGGUCCUUCCCCUUGCAACCGCCGCCGUCGUGGCGGCCGGGGCUUUCCGAAGCCAGGACGGCCUGACCGGAAGCGCCUGGGGUGACUGGGCCAAUUACACUGCUUCGCCUUUGCGCGCCGAGCCUGUCUCUGCCGCCGCGGCAGCGGCUGCAGCCAAAGCUGCCGCGGCCAAGGCAGGCGCGAGCGCAGGAGCGAAGACAGCAGCGGCCACCACGGGCAUCGGUGCCGGCACUGGCAAGUCCCUGAGCGGUGAGGGCGAGGAGGUGCCCCCUGAGCCGACUUUCGACCCGGCGAAUGAGGUGGGCGUCACCGAGCCCUUCGGCUACUUCGACCCGGCCGGCUUCUGCAAGAAGGGUGACAAGGCCGGCUUCCGCAACCUGCGCGCGGCCGAGAUCAAGCAUGGCAGGGUUGCGAUGAUGGCCGCAGUGGGUGCCGUCGUGCAGCACUACGUGAAGUUCCCUGGCUUCGACAGCGUGCCUGCCGGACUCGGCGCCGUGGAGGUCCCGCCGGGCACCUACGGUUUCGCCGCGCUCUUCGCGGUCUCGGGCUUGCUGGAGCUGGGCGCCUGGACUGAGGACCCCUCGAAGGAGCCGGGCAACUUCGGUGAUCCCGCCGGCCUGGGCCAGUACACGCUGGAGAUGCGCAACCGGGAGAUCAACAACGGCCGAAUGGCCAUGUUCGCAGCCAUCGGUAUCAUCGCCGCCAACGUCUACACGGGCAAGGAUGCCAUCGAGCAGUUCGGCCUUGCGUUGUUUCGAAGGAUGGACGCUAAGCUUCAACCUCUUGACAUGUUUUGGUGUGCUCGCUUCUUCAAAGCCUCAGAGACGCCACCGUCCGCUUACCCCGCGCGUUGUUUGAAUGAUCCCGCACGCCAAGAGCUCCUGGCCUCCGACACGUGGGGUGUCGCAGGCCCUGUAGGCAUGGGCAGCGCUGCACAUCGUCACGCAGCAAAGAGGGGUCGCGCGGAAGGCCAGAAGGCUGUGGCCGCAGCGGCCCUCGCCACCGCUGCCUUCACUGCCAAGGAGGCUUUUGUCGCCGCCCGGGGACCUGCCACAGCAGCGCAGGCUCCCGCGAGCACCAGGCUGCGUGGCAGCACAUCCGCAGGCUCCUCGCCUUCGUCGGUCCUUCCCCUUGCAACCGCCGCCGUCGUGGCGGCCGGGGCUUUCCGAAGCCAGGACGGCCUGACCGGAAGCGCCUGGGGUGACUGGGCCAAUUACACUGCUUCGCCUUUGCGCGCCGAGCCUGUCUCUGCCGCCGCGGCAGCGGCUGCAGCCAAAGCUGCCGCGGCCAAGGCAGGCGCGAGCGCAGGAGCGAAGACAGCAGCGGCCACCACGGGCAUCGGUGCCGGCACUGGCAAGUCCCUGAGCGGUGAGGGCGAGGAGGUGCCCCCUGAGCCGACUUUCGACCCGGCGAAUGAGGUGGGCGUCACCGAGCCCUUCGGCUACUUCGACCCGGCCGGCUUCUGCAAGAAGGGUGACAAGGCCGGCUUCCGCAACCUGCGCGCGGCCGAGAUCAAGCAUGGCAGGGUUGCGAUGAUGGCCGCAGUGGGUGCCGUCGUGCAGCACUACGUGAAGUUCCCUGGCUUCGACAGCGUGCCUGCCGGACUCGGUGCUGUGGAGGUCCCGCCGGGCACCUACGGCUUCGCCGCGCUCUUCGCGGUCUCGGGCUUGCUGGAGCUGGGCGCCUGGACUGAGGACCCCUCGAAGGAGCCGGGCAACUUCGGUGACCCCGCCGGCCUGGGCCAGUACACGCUGGAGAUGCGCAACCGGGAGAUCAACAACGGCCGAAUGGCCAUGUUCGCAGCCAUCGGUAUCAUCGCCGCCAACGUCUACACCGGCAAGGAUGCCAUCGAGCAGUUCGGCCUUGCGUUGUUUCGAAGGAUGGACGCUAAGCUUCAACCUCUUGACAUGUUUUGGUGUGCCCGCUUCUUCAAAGCCUCAGAGACGCCACCGUCCGCUUACCCCGCGCGUCGUUUGAAUGAUCCCGCACGCCAAGAGCUCCUGGCCUCCGGCACGUGGGGUGUCGCAGGCCAGAAGGCUGUGGCCGCAGCGGCCCUCGCCACCGCUGCCUUCACUGCCAAGGAGGCUUUUGUCGCCGCCCGGGGACCUGCCACAGCAGCGCAGGCUCCCGCGAGCACCAGGCUGCGUGGCAGCACAUCCGCAGGCUCCUCGCCUUCGUCGGUCCUUCCCCUUGCAACCGCCGCCGUCGUGGCGGCCGGGGCUUUCCGAAGCCAGGCGAGAAAGUUUUAA